CCUUCGUUGAGCUCCCGAGCAAGGAGGGCGACGUGUUGUGCAAUCAUCAUGCCUGGCAGCAAAGGAGGCUCGAAAGCGUAAGCACAAAAGGCGCCUUGUCCGUCACUUCCUUUCAACUGCUUCCUGUCGUCGGUCUGCAGUGACAGAGGAGGGUUUUUCGAUGUCAAGAGCUCUGAAACGUCGGCGGCCUACACACACACACACAUAUACACACACACACAGAGAGAGAGAGAGAGAGAUACACAUGUGCGUGUGUGCGUUCAGGUGGCGCCAGACUCUCAAGAAGGAACACAGGUGAGCUUACCAGGACGCAUUGACGGAUCCAUGGGUGUCGGUGAUCUCUUUCUCUUCCGCUGGCUCAUCAACGCAGGAUAGUGGCCAAGAGGAUCCACGAGGAGAUCCAGACAGCCGAGAAGGACGGAGAGGACCUCUACGACAAACACAACGGCUUCUUCAUGCGCUACAGACCCGUAUGUACGCCACAAGAAUGUGUACACACCCGCAUCUCUCUCCCCUCUCGUCUUCCUCCAGGACGGAUGGCAGCCACCCCAGGAGCUGCUGUUCACCAUCGACAAGCUUCGAGACACGACUGAGGAGGACCUCAAGACAAAGAAAUUCACCGCCCAUCCGCCCUACAAGCGUCACCAAGAGGGCCUGAAGACUCGCUUUACCGUGCUGUCGAGCCAGCAGGUCAGGAGAGCCGUCAGACAUCACCACACCAGGCAUGCAGCGCAUCAGUUCAGACCUUACACCUGGGUACAUGUGUGUCAGAUCGGCUGGCGGCCGCCAUUGGACAGGCCUGACUUGGGGUUUGGGAGAAAGGGACUCACUUUCUGCUGAUCAAUGG